CAGGGAGCGCAGCGCGGGCAGGGCCGGCCCGGGGCAGCAGCGGCGGCUCGGCCAUGGUGGGGCGGCUCAGCCUGCGGGAGGUGCCCGACCUCCCGGACAUGAGGAAGCGGGGCGAUUCCGGGCUCGACAGCCCCGACUCCGGGCUGCCCCCCAGCCCCGGCCCGGCCCCGCCGCCCUGGCUGCUCUCCUCGGGCAGCCCCGACCGCGCCGCCGCCAACGGGCUCCCGGAGCCCGAGCAGCCCGUGCCCUCGGCUGCGAGUUCUGUGUUCUCCCCCAGCCCCGUUCUCUCCAGCUGCCCUCCAAGGUUGUGUCCUUUAUCCUUUGGAGAAGGAGUUGAGUUUGACCCUUUACCACCGAAGGAAAUCAGGUACACCUCCUCGGUGCGCUACGACUCKGAGAAACGCUUCAUCGACGACGUCUACCUGCCCGUGGGGCUGAGCGUGGCUUCGUGCAGCCAGACCGUGCUGUGCGUGCCCGACUGCUCGUGGCGCCGCUACCGCGCCGAGGUGCGCUUCGAGCCGCGCCGCCGGCCCCGCCGCUUCACCAGCACCACCAUCAUCUUCCCCAAGCACGCCAAGACUGUCUACACCACCACGCUGGACUACAACUGCCGCAAGGCCGCCCGCAGGUUCCUGUCCAGCGUGGAGUUGGACACCUCGGAGCAUCCCGGCCCCGACGGCUGCUGAGAGCGCUCGCCCCACUCCGCUCCGUCCCUCGCCGGGCGGGCGCUGACCCUCUCUCUCUCCGCUCCUAACUCCCGCUUCCGAGCGUCAGAACGGCCCGAGUGUGGAUUUCUUGGGGGAACCUGGCUUAGUUAAGGGAUUUCUCUUCACCUCCCCCUUCCCCGCGGUUGAAAAUAACGGGAAAAGCUUUCCCCGAGGAGAGGUUGACAGGUAAGGAAGAGUGUGGGAUGGAUGGAGCCUGGAUGCCUUUGGUGCCUCGUGGUGAUGUGCAGGAAAUCAGGGCAGCUCUGCCUCGYCAGGUUCCACACAGAGCUGUCAACCACUUCAGUUUAGAUCCCGUUUUCUCCUGGAAAUUGCUGGAAAAGGCUAAAAGAAGGAAAACCCGGAGUUCUGCGUUUAACAAGCAUGAAAAUGGUGACACACAACGUUCAUGUCAUGAAGAAGUCUAAACUGGGGGGAAGGGGGGUUCUGAGGAGAGCAGAUGAGCUGCUGCUCUUGCAGCAGAGAAAGGAUCGUGUGAUUCCCGUUCUUGGGGUGAGGAGGAAUCCUCUGUGGUCUGUGUGACACACCAGCGUCUCUGCAGGGCUUGUCACACAGAAUUCCAGGCCAAAAAUCAUCCCUGUGCYGCUGGAAAGUCGGAUCUUGGUGAUGUGGAGGUGGAAAACCACGAGUGCCUUGUUUUGUACCCGCGCUGGCUGCGUGCACUGUGUGAGCUGUAACCAAAGAGAGGUUUGGGUGAAGUGCUGGGUGCAGGGACCCAGGAGGRCAAAGGAGGUGCUGGGGGUUCAGACGCUGUCAGGGUGGGGCUGGGAGGAGGUGGGAACAGUGGCAAAGGAYGGGCAGGUUUUUGGGACACGGCAAAACCCACAGUUUUGGGUCCUUGGGGUCGGGGUGUCACUGGGAUGGGGCUGAAAAGCCUCUCCUUGAGUGCUCGGUGGGUUUGGGGACCAAAGGGAGUCGCUUCAGAUUUUAUAAAAUCCUGUUUGUGUUAGUUUAUCCCGUGCUUUGAUGGAAACAARGUGGGGAAGUUUCCUUCUUUUCCCAGAUUUUCUUUCCCUGUGUGUGGAGAGCAUCUGCUCUGGGGAACGCAGGCUGGGCUGUUUUUUUUGUGGGGUGCAGUCACUCAGAGACACCCCACAGACCCAGAAAUGGCUUUUCCACGUGUUCCAAAGCCCCUCUGAGGUGCGGGUGUGCAGCACCAGCCCCGGGGCAGCUCUGAGAGAGGCUUUGGCCACGCACAGCCCCAGGGGUGAGUUCUGGGCUGUCCUUGAGCCGUGCUGGGCGUUCGUGCAAGUGUGAUGGAUGAUGUGGAAGUGCAUCCCAGGGAGCUGGGAGGAGUGGGAGCCGAACAGUGCAGCAGGAAGGAAGCCUUGAGAUUGUGUGAUUUGGRGUUUUUUUUCUGUUAUUGUUAGGGUUUUUUACUAAUUUAUUAGCCCAGAAUGGAACAUCCUCCUGGGAGCAGAUCUGAGAGGAUUCUGGUGCAAGUUGUAGCCRUCAGUCGUUCCUAGUUAGAAGCAAAAUACCCCACUAAAUCCCCUCCCACACUCCAGUUUUAGGAUAAAACACCUGAUUUUUAUAAAGCGAGCAAACUUAAUUAUGUACCUCUCAAGAGUAUUUUAAUUGGUGGAGAUGCCUUUUAAAUUAUUUAUAUUCUGACAUUUGCAAAGCUCUGAUCAGCUCUGUGCAAGUGUCCUGGUGUCUGUGACGUUUCCCACCCUUUUCCUUCUGAUUUUCAAUUUGUCUUUUACUUUAUUGGUAAUAAACGAUCUGAAAAACCA